AUGGGCGGGCUCUUCAAUCAAUUCACUACGAAUGUGGAAAGCCUUGUCAAGGGCACUGUGGAUAAUAUAGUGGAUUGUUUUGAUAAGUUAUUCGGAGGUAUGAACGGAAAGAAAAGAGGACCGCAUAGCACACUACCAGAUCCGUACAUAACAAAUACGACUACAACAAGCACAACAAGUACAACAACAAGCACAACAAGUACAUCAACAAGCACAACAAGUACAUCAACAAGCACAACAAGUACAUCAACAAGCACAACAAGUACAACAACACCAACGCCGAGCACUGUUGCCGCCGGUGCUGGUGGUGCUGGCAGGAAUUGGGGUAUGGGCGGGCUCUUCAAUCAAUUCACUACGAAUGUGGAAAGCCUGGUCAAGGGCACUGUGGAUAAUAUAGUGGAUUGUUUUGAUAAGUUAUUCGGAGGUAUGAACGGAAAGAAAAGAGGACCGCAUAGCACACUACCAGAUCCGAACAUAACAAAUACGACUACAACAAGCACAACAAGUACAACAACAAGCACAACAAGUACAUCAACAAGCACAACAAGUACAUCAACAAGCACAACAAGUACAUCAACAAGCACAACAAGUACAACAACACCAACGCCGAGCACUGUUGCCGCCGGUGCUGGUGGUGCUGGCAGGAAAAAUGAUGUGCAUAGACCUGAGGCAGCAGAUCACACACUGAUUGUGUCAAGAAUCACAGUGCUAUCAGUCUCUGAGUUCGAGGAGACCUCAGCUGGGUUUAACGAUGGUCUGGCUACUGAUUCCAGAGCUCAUUCUAGGCAGGUGGAACUAGAAGGUCGUGGCCGUUCCGAUGACACUUCUGAAUCUGCUUGCACGUUUCAGGGGAGAAGCGGUAGGAAGACCAAUGGCGGCUCGUGCAAGCUUGAUUUGGGAGCAUCAGGCUCAUUAUUUGAAAUGUUUGCUGGCUGUGUAAAUGGAAAUGAGAAUAGGAAAAGCACAUCGUAG